GCCGCCGCCUCCUGCCGGAGCCGCUCCGCGCGUCGGAGGCUGCGCUCGGCUCCGCUGGGCUCGGUGCGGCUCCGCAGCAGCUGCCGGCGGCCGGGGAGGGAGGGAGCGAGCGGGCGCCGCCGCCCGCGCCGCGCCGAUGGGUCUCCUCCUGCUCCUCUGGGCGUGUGCGGCCGCCGCCGGGGCAGCUGUAGGAUUUGGAAUGGAUCCUGACUUACAAAUUGAUAUCAUCACAGAGCUGGAUCUGGUGAAUACAACCCUGGGGGUAACACAAGUGUCAGGACUACACAAUGCCAGCAAAGCGUUUUUAUUCCAAGAUACAGAAAGAGAAAUCCACGCAGCACCCCAUGUGAGUGAGAAAUUAAUUCAGCUCUUUCGGAAUAAAAGUGAGUUCACGUUUCUGGCCACUCUGCAACAAAAGGCAUCAACUUCUGGAGUUAUACUUUCUAUCCGAGAGUUAGAGCACAGCUAUUUUGAGCUGGAGAGCAGUGGCCUGAGGGAUGAGAUCAGGUAUCACUACAGGUUUAAUGGGAAGACAAGAACAGAGGUGUUCCCGUACCGCCUGGCAGAUGGACAGUGGCACAGGAUUGCUGUGUCACUUAGUGCAUCUCAUCUUCUGCUUCACGUGGACUGCAACAGGAUUUAUGAACGUGUCAUUGAUCCCCCAGAAACAAAUCUGACACCUGAAAGCAAUUUAUGGCUCGGACAGAGAAACAGAAGACAUGGUUUGUUUAAGGGUGUUAUUCAAGAUGUGAAAGUCAUCUUUAUACCUAAUGGAUAUAUAACACAGUGUCCUAAUCUGAAUCGCACAUGCCCAACCUGCAGUGAUUUCUUAAGUCUGGUGCAAGGAAUCAUGGAUUUGCAAGAACUCCUGGCAAAAAUGACUGCAAAAUUAAAUUAUGCAGAAACAAGACUGAGUCAAUUGGAAGACUGUCAUUGUGAGAAGACUUGUCAAGUAAAUGGAUUGAUCUACAGAGACAAAGACUCAUGGGUUGAAGAUGAUCACUGCAGGAAUUGCACGUGCAAAAGUGGAGUUGUGGAGUGCCGAAGGAUGUCCUGUCCCCCUCUCGAAUGUCCUCCCGAUGCUCUCCCCGUGCAUGUGGAAAGUCAGUGCUGCAAAGUGUGCAAGGCCAAGUGUAUCUAUGGAGGCAAAGUGCUAGCAGAAGGUCAACGAGUAUUAACCAAAAGCUGCAGGGAAUGUCGAAAUGGAGUGUUAGUAAAAGUAACAGAGACUUGUCCACCACUGAACUGCUCAGAAAAAGAUCACGUUCUUCCAGAGAACCAGUGUUGCAGUGUUUGUAGAGGCCAUAACUUCUGUGCAGAGGGACACAGAUGUGGUGAAAAUUCAGAGUGCAAAAACUGGAACACAAAAGCUACUUGUGAAUGCAAGAACGGUUAUCUCUCUGUCCAAGGGGACUCUGCAUAUUGUGAAGACAUUGAUGAGUGUGCUGCCAAGAUGCACUAUUGCCAUGCCAACACUGUGUGUGUUAACCUGCCUGGCUCCUACCGCUGCGACUGUGUCACGGGAUACGUCCGUGUGGAUGACUUCUCCUGCACAGAGCACGAUGAGUGUGGCAGUGGGCAGCACAACUGUGAUGAGAAUGCAAUCUGCACUAACACCAUCAGGGGACACAGCUGCACCUGCAAACCUGGGUACGUGGGCAACGGGACCAUCUGCCGAGCAUUCUGUGAAGAAGGGUGCAGAUACGGUGGAACUUGUGUAGCUCCUAACAAAUGUCUCUGCCCUUCUGGAUUCACUGGAAGUCAUUGUGAGAAAGAUAUUGAUGAGUGUGCAGAGGGGAUCAUUGAGUGUCACAACCAUUCACGCUGUGUUAACCUCCCAGGGUGGUACCACUGUGAGUGCAGAAGCGGUUUCCAUGACAAUGGAAGCUAUUCUCCUUCCGGGGAGUCCUGUGUUGAUAUCGAUGAGUGUGCCUUAAAGAUCCACACCUGUUGGAAUGAUUCAGCCUGUGUGAACCUGGCAGGAGGUUUUGACUGCCUUUGUCCAUCUGGGCCAUCUUGCACUGGAGACUGUCCCCAUGAAGGUGGCUUCAAGCGGAAUGGGCAGGUCUGGACCCUGAGAGAGGACAGAUGCUCUGUUUGUUCCUGCAAGGACGGGAGGAUUUUCUGCCGGAGAACAGCCUGUGACUGCAGGAACCCCAGUGCCGACCUCUUCUGCUGCCCGGAGUGUGACACUCGUGUCACCAGCCAGUGCCUCGACCAGACUGGGCACAAGCUCUACCGCAGCGGGGACAACUGGACCUACAGCUGCCAGCAGUGCCGUUGCCUGGAAGGAGAGGUGGAUUGUUGGCCUCUUCAGUGCCCGACCCUGAGCUGCGAGUACACAGCCAUCUCAGAAGGAGAGUGCUGUCCUCACUGUGUCAGUGACCCCUGUCUGGCUGACAGCAUCACCUAUGACAUCAGGAAAACCUGUCCAGACGGCUAUGGAAUCACGAGGCUUAGUGGCGCUGUAUGGACAAUGGUGGGAUCUCCUUGUACAACCUGCAAAUGCAAGAAUGGGAAUGUCUGCUGCUCAGUGGAUUUAGAGUGUCUCAACAAUAACUGACCUGGUCAGACUGGACUGUGCCGAGGGAGGAAAACUGCUGGAGUUAACACCUGAAAAGAAGCUGUAUGCAUUGGCAUUUUAUACAACAGACAAUUACCAAAGUCUCCGAAUGAGGAAGAUGUUUGGGAGUUGCCUUUGGGACCUAUCACUAUGCUCAUUCUUGCUAGCCUUGUCCAGGUGACUUCCAGUACAGCGCAUAGAAAUCAAUGGUUGCUACAAGUUUUCAGUGUUGUAAAUCAUACACCUUUCCUGUCAAGAAAUUUGCAAAUAUGUUUAAGUUAUUUCAUGGGUAAACUAAUGCUGUAUUUUUGUUUUAAUUUGUGUAUUGACAACAUUGAUAGAAUUCAGCUCUUCUUACUUUGAAUCUAGGUUUUACAAAUAAGACAGCCUGUUGUGAUUUUGUCCCAUGAUAACACAUACUUGGUUCCAAGGUCCCUGUUAGAUGUAUUUAUGAAAAUAUGUAUGUAUGUACAGUCAGAUUGCAUUAUAUUUCACAGCUGUCCAACAUUUUAAAGCAUUCAAAGAUAUGGACAGAAUGAAAGUAAUCAAAAUAAGUCUGUCUUAAAAUAUAAAAUUAAAUGCCAUUAACUGAAUAAAAUGGCAGAAUAAGCACUUUCUUCUUCAAAUGUGCAGAGCAACAACAAGACUUCUAUAGUGAGAAAUGGAAUUAAAACCCCAUCCCACUGCCAAUUCAACACAUAUUCAAGAAAGAAUCACCAGUCGUUAUCAGUAUUGUUGAGUAUAAUUCCUCUGGAUUAUACAGUACUGAAACAGUCAGAGAUCCUUAAGAUUAUAUAGUUUAAGUUGAGUAGGUUAAAAUUUUCUUGCAUUUGUAACAUCACUGAUGAGUUCAGAACUUUUCCUUUUUGUGUUUACAGUAAUAAUGAUGUCUGCCAUCCUCAGUUACUGCUGCCACAGUGACAAUGUGCAGAGGCGCCUGUUCCAGCAGCAUGCAGGACAGGAGACCUUAAUGCUUGGUAACUUCCAUUACCAACAGCUCAGAAACAGAUUUUAUCUUUUCAUAUUUUAUGACAUUCAAAAAUACUUAUUUAUUGUGUUGUUGAGGACCUAAGUUUAGACAGGAAUUUAAAUCAAGACUCUUAGCCUGAUAUGGACGUUAGAGCUUAGAUUCUCUUCAACUAAUGUCUAUUUUUUUCAUGAGGCUAGAAAGUUUGUGGCGUUAGAACAAUAAUAUAUUUCUAUGGCAAUGCAUCUACAGCUUAAAUUUCACAUUUUUAAUGUGCUGUUGUGGGGGUUUUUUUUGCUCAUUUGUGUAGUGUUUUUUUUUUAAAUUUUAUUUAUUUAAUUAAACACACUGAAUAUAUGGAAAAGAUUGCAGAAGUAACUAUAGUGGAUACAGUUUGGAAAGUCUACAUUUGUGAGUUUUUCAUAGUUUCAUGCAGAAAAUGUGAAACUGACUAAUAAGAAAGAAGUGUGACUAUACAGUGAAAAUAUUAGUUGUCUUUUAAAUGAAGUACUAUUAUGUUUAUAAGGGGACAGUGGCAAAGAAUAUAAAAUUACUUUCAGUCAUUCAGAUAACUUUAUUUCCAUUUUUUAAAAAGGUUUUGUUUUAGUUAACAGCUUUGUGUGGUAAAGUUAAAUUUAUUUCCUUUAAAUGCCCCAUCAUUUUCAGCUAAUAAUGUAUUGACUCUAUUUGCAUAGCCCUGAUGAUUGUAUAAUAAGGGAAAGAGUUGUGUUUUAUAUGAUACUCAAAGGAUGUUUGUAAAUCAUAAUGUCAGCUCAUUUUGUAUAUCACAUUGUUACACCCAAUGGUAAUUCAGUUGGAUAAGAUACACAGUGGGCUGAGAUAUAAAGGGGAAUGAUUUAAAAUUUAUGGGCAUCUAAAUAAACUCCUAUGUACA